GAACGUAACAUCACGUAAGCGGUAACGUCAAGCAGCCUGCCGUGCGUGUCCCUGGUGUGUUUGGAGUGCCGCUUCUUGCUGUGAUCCUGCAACCCUAAACAUGCUGACUUUUGCUCUGAGACAACUCACGCGGCCCCUGUGCCAGCGGGCCCCUGUCCGCCUCAGUGUGCGUCUGCAGCAAUCCCACGCUGCCACCUGCACUGCGGAUGAAGAUCGCUCCUGGACCGGUCAGGAGAGCCUGGCUGAGGAUGACCCUGAAAUGUGGGCUCUCCUGCUGAAGGAGAAGGACCGGCAGUGCCGUGGUUUGGAGCUCAUUGCUUCUGAGAAUUUCUGCAGUCGAGCCGCUCUAGAAGCUCAAGGCUCCUGUCUGAACAACAAAUACUCUGAAGGUUACCCGGGGAGAAGAUACUAUGGUGGAGCAGAGGUGGUUGACCAAAUUGAGCUUCUUUGUCAAAAGCGAGCUCUGGAAGCCUUUGACUUGGACCCAGAAAAGUGGGGCAUCAACGUCCAGCCGUACUCUGGUUCUCCAGCUAACUUUGCAGCCUACACAGCCGUUCUAAACCCCCACGACCGCAUCAUGGGGCUGGACCUUCCUGACGGCGGACAUCUAACCCAUGGAUACAUGUCUGAUGUAAAGAGGAUCUCUGCAACAUCCAUCUAUUUUGAGUCCAUGCCUUACAAGUUAAAUCCUGCAACAGGACUCAUCGACUACGACCAGAUGGAGAUGACGGCCAAGCUGUUUCGGCCCAAGCUGAUCAUCGCUGGCACCAGUGCCUAUGCCCGCCUCAUUGACUAUGCCCGCAUCAAGAAGCUCUGCACAGAUAUCAACGCCUACAUGCUUGCUGACAUGGCUCACAUUAGUGGCCUCGUGGCAGCCAAAGCUGUCCCCUCCCCCUUUGACCACGCCGACCUGGUCACUUCCACCACACACAAGUCCCUCAGAGGAGCGAGGGCUGGCCUCAUCUUCUACCGCAAAGGGGUGCGCUCAGUGAACAAGAAAGGGAAGGAAAUCCUGUACGACCUGGAGGACAGGGUCAACUUCUCCGUUUUCCCCUCCCUGCAGGGCGGACCUCAUAACCACGCCAUCGCUGGUGUGGCCGUAGCCCUCAGACAGGCUCAGUCUCCCAUGUUCAGGGAGUAUAUCGUUCAAGUACUGAAGAACGCCAGGGCCAUGGCUGACGCUCUUCUUAACAAAGGCUACACACUUGUUUCAGGUGGGACAGACAAUCAUCUGGUUCUGGUGGACCUGCGGCCCAAAGGCAUUGAUGGGGCCCGGGCUGAGAGGGUGCUGGAGCUGGCAUCCAUUACUGCCAACAAAAACACCUGCCCAGGGGACAAAAGCGCCCUGACCCCCGGGGGCCUCCGGCUCGGCGCUCCGGCUCUGACCUCCCGACAGUUCAAAGAAGAUGAUUUUGUUCAAGUGGUGGAGUUUCUAGAUGAGGGUUUCAAAAUCGCUUUGGAUGUCAAGAAGAAGACUGGAAAGCUUCAAGAUUUCAAGAGCUUCCUCCUUCAGGAUCCAGAGACGGUGGCUCGUAUUGCAGACCUGCGACUCCGGGUUGAAGCCUUCGCCAGGCCGUUCCCCAUGCCGGGCUUUCACGACCAUUAGACGAGCACAUGCGGAGUCUUGAUUUGAAGGGGUUGACAGUUGGUAGACAGGCACGAAGAAACACCAUCAGAAAAAAAUGCUGUUCAUUCUGCUGACGUUUUUAGCCUUUUUUUUUUACUUUCUAUCACUAUCAGAGUAUCUCUGCAUACAGUUAGCAUCAUGAGGUAAAUACAUAAUUAAAGGAAGAUGAGCAGUUUUUGAUCUUUUCCAGCCAUCUUCACACCGUUCUACUGAGGGGAAAAAAGCAAACAUCUCAGUUCAAGCAGAGACCAACACCUUGUUAGUGUAAAAUAUCAGUCUUAUUCAGUAAAGAGUCUUAACUAACAUCCCGUGUAUGUUUCCCAUCCCCCUUUUUCUUUUUUCUUUUUUCUUUUUGGUUUUGAAGCCAUUCAGAAAAGAGGCUUCAUGAAGUGAAGAACGACAGUCAGUCAGUGUUGGAGGGGUUCUGGUUUUUAAAUAUCCACUCAAACUAUUUUUGUAAAAAGAGCUUUUAUUUGGAAAGAACUUGAGCCAAUUCUUUCUACAGUAGAACAUUCAGAGUAAGACUAUACAAAACAUAAACUAAUAAAUAUAUUUUACAUGGUACAGAUUGAUAAAAUAACACUACAGUUUGUUCUCAGAUUGUUUAGAACUUCAAACUUGACUUUAAUCUAAAUUUAUGUGGGAUAGUGUCAUAUUGCAUCACAAAUCUCCAUAGGUACAUUUCUAUGGAGGGAUAUUUUGUGCUAUUAUUCCAGCGCAUCCCUCACUAUUUUCAGUGUAAAACAUUAAAAAUUUUGGGUGCUCAAAAAGUUUGCACUUGAAACUUAAAAAUAUGUGCAAUCCAAACUAAAUUCUCUCUCUUCUGCACUCGAAACAAAGCAGAACACCGCGUUACAAAUGUGCCACCCAAGCCAGCCAAUCACAGACGUCUGUUUUUCUGUUUCAAGUCCAAAUUAUUUUUUUGACCACACUAGAUAUUUCAAGUUUUACGCUAAAAAAGUGAGUGUUGCACUUGGUAUAAAGGCUCAAAAAUAACUCCAUACAUUUCCUGUAAUUAAUUUCUUUCAGAAAAUUCUUCUAUGAAACUUUGUAUUUUGCAAAAAGUUGGUAUUCUAAUGGAACUACCAAAUUAUCACCUUUUAAUAUGUCCUGCUACUUUUAGUAUUUCCACAAAAAGUGUUAAUUUUUCUGUGUAUUUUUUAGUAACUGACAUAUUUCUUGCUGAUUUGUUAUGCAAAAAAAACAAACAUUUAUACUUCAUCUUUUCUGAUUUCAAAUGAAGAGUUCAGUUUCUCUUUUUUUUCUGCCAAUAUCUUGAAGAUAGCAUAUCAGUCUGUGACAUGUUACAAAGCACAAACCACAAGCAAAAACUCUUUUUUUUUUAGUUGUUUUCACAAUAAUUUUCCUAACCAUUAUUUGGCAAACAUGGUUUUGCCAAAACACAGUAUUUGCUGUAGUUUUAUUUAAUUUACUGCCUUUAUCAUCUGUGAAAAGAUCUGUGAUUGCACACGGAAGCAGUUUUGAACUAAAGUUUACAGAGUUUGAAAUUACUUUUAUUUUAACUGUUCUAAUAAAAGUUGAUUACUUGCACAGAA